AUGGCUAAAAAGAAAUCAGCUCCAGGUUCUAUUAGAAAAAAAACUCACAAAAAAAAUUCCAAUGACUCUUUAUUAAAUAGUACAAAAAAUAAUGUAAAUCAAUCAGAUUUAAGAAAUAGACAAAAUGGUUCAUCGGCUAGUAGCAACACUGUCACCACCACCACUAAAAUCUCCUCAUAUGAUGAUGAUACCAUAACUCAAUCCAAAAAUUCAAUUGAAAAAGAACAUAAAAAAAUUGAGAACAAAUCCUAUUCUCAGAGAGCUGGAAAAAAAUUGAAAGAUCGGAGAAGAGUAUUUUUCAUGUUUGGUACUUUACUAGGAAUUAUAGUUGCAUUUUAUUUUGGCCAAAAGUCAAGCUAUUUAUCAGAUAGCACAAUGAGUCAAUCUUUUGAUAAUUUAGUUAAUUUUGAAAAUUUCCAAGUAGCCUUAGAUGAUUGGAAAGAAGCAUUGCCUAAUGGACUAGUCAAUAUGUUUGGAGAUUUCCAAACAUAUCUUACAGGGUUUGAUUUUUCAAAAAUAUAUCCAAAUAACAAAAACGAUUUAACAGAAAACUUUGCAGUGGGAAAACAACUAAGAAAAGAAUUGAAUUUAACCGAUAAACAUCCGGUGGUUAUGGUUCCUGGUGUAAUUACAACGGGGUUAGAAAGUUGGGGGUUAUAUGGGGACGCAGAAUGCAGCAGUGAACAGCAUUUCCGGAAAAGAUUAUGGGGAUCGUUUUAUAUGUUAAAAACUAUGGUUUUAGAUAAAGUUUGUUGGUUAAAACAUAUUAAGCUAGAUCCCAUUACUGGGUUGGAUCCGCCCAAUUUUAAAUUAAGGGCAGCGCAAGGCUUUGAAGCAACAGAUUUUUUUGUAGCUGGGUAUUGGAUUUGGAAUAAAAUUUUGCAAAAUUUGGGCGCUAUUGGGUAUGACCCCAACAAGAUGGUGACUGCAGCAUAUGAUUGGAGACUAGCUUAUUUAGAUUUAGAGAAAAGGGAUAAAUACUUUAGUAAAUUAAAAGAACAAAUUGAAGUUUCAUACGAACUGACCGGUGAGAAAAGUGUCAUAUUUGGUCACUCAAUGGGUGCACAGGUUGUAUUUUAUUUUUUAAAAUGGGUUGAAGCAGAAGGUGAACAUUAUGGUAAUGGUGGUUCUGACUGGUGUAAUAAGUAUAUUGAUACUGUUGUUGAUAUUGCAGGCUCCACUUUGGGUGCACCCAAAUCUGUUCCGGCGCUAAUUAGCGGCGAAAUGAAGGAUACAGUCCAGUUGAAUGCUGUAGCAGUUUAUGGUUUGGAGAAAUUUUUCAGUAGAAGAGAAAGACUAGACAUGUUGCGAACUUUUGGUGGUAUACCAUCGAUGCUACCCAAAGGCGGGAACAUGUUAUGGGGGGAUAUACAUUUUUCCAAAGAAGACGAAUUACAUAAUAAUACAGAUACUUUUGGGAAUUUUAUUAGGUUUGUUGAAAACAAAGCGUUAGUGAAGAAUAAUAGUAACUUUCAUUCAUCUGUAAUGAAGCACAAUUUUACGAUGGAAGAUGCUCUCAAUUAUAUAAUAGAAAAUAGUCCGUCAUGGCUACAUAAUCGUAUUGAUGAUCAAUAUUCAUACGGGUUUGCUAAAACAGAAAAAGAGUUGCAAGAAAAUGUUAAGCAUCAUUCUCAUUGGAGCAAUCCGUUGGAAGUUCCAUUACCCAACGCACCAGAUAUGAAAAUUGUUUGUUUAUACGGCGUGGGUAAUCCAACAGAACGUGCAUAUGUCUACACCAAUGAAGAUUAUAACACAACUGGCAUGAAUAUUACCAUUGCGUAUGAUCAAGAACAAUCGGUGUUUUUCACUGAUGGCGAUGGUACAAUUCCUCUAUUAUCUCAUAGCAUGUGCCAUAAAUGGAAGCAAGGGAAAUCAGCAUACAAUCCCGGCGGGUUAAAAGUUAAAGUUGUUGAAUUAAAACAUGAACCUAACAGAUUUGAUAUUAGAGGUGGAGCAAAAAGUGCUGAACAUGUUGACAUAUUGGGCAGUGCUGAGUUAAAUGAUUAUUUGUUAAAAAUCGCAUCUGGUCAUAAUGAAAUGAUUGAGGAAAGGGUUAUUACUAAUAUAAGCAGAUGGGUUGAUGAGCUCAACUUUCCACUAUAA